UCUCUAGUUGUGACCGGAUUGCGGCAGAUCGCGGCGCCUUCCUCGCUCGUCUUAUCAUUUCUUGUCUGGUAAAAUUCUGACACAUGACAGUUCGGAGACAUUCUAGAGAACGUUAAAUAGCAUGCCAUUAAUGUUGUGACGUGUUAUACACAUAUAUACAUAUAUUUUUUAAGAAGAUAUUCGGCACGAGGAAAGUGUGUGCGAAAAAGUGGAAAAAACGGCGCAGAAAAGUAUCUCAGUAAGAAAUAAUGAUGCAGGAUGAAGACUUGGGUGGUCCAGGAAGAAGAAAUGUUUUUAGUCAAGGGAUAAUAAGAAUAUCACAGGUAUAUCAAAGAUACCUAGAUCUAUGGACCCCUCAUGUAAUAUCACGAUGGACAUUUGCUUUAUUCUUAUUAGUACUUUUUAUUCUACGUAUAUUUAUCUCUCAGGGGUGGUAUAUUGUCACAUAUGCCCUAGGAAUUUAUCACCUCAAUUUAUUCAUAGCAUUCCUUACUCCAAAAAUUGAUCCUGCCAUGGAUUUUGAUGAUGGAGAAGGUCCAGAAUUACCUACAAGAUCAAACGAGGAGUUCAGGCCAUUUAUUAGAAGAUUACCUGAAUUUAAAUUUUGGUAUUCAGUAACAAGAUCUACAGUUGUCGCCAUGAUAUGUACCCUAUUCGAUUGCUUUAAUAUACCAGUAUUCUGGCCAAUACUUGUUAUGUAUUUCAUAACACUAUUCUGUAUUACAAUGAAGAGGCAAAUAAAGCACAUGAUCAAGUACAGGUAUUUGCCUUUUACUCAUGGUAAACCAAGAUAUCAGAACCAUGAAGACACGUCGUCGCGAUUGAUAUCAAAUUGAUUCAAAAUGAAUAGAAAGAAUAUAUUGUGCCUGUACAAGGAAGGAGGGAGAAAUGUGUGUAGAUUUUAAUUUCUCCUAGUACAGGAUGAGGAAUACUAGCAAGAGAAGAAAGAGACCGAAAUUUUUUUUUAAAUGCCAUUAAAGGGAAAGGAUAUUGUACAAGAAAGGAUUGAGUCUUCACAAGGACUUGUAACUCUAAAUUACAUAUGUACGGCAUAUAAACUGGAUUAUCUUAAUAUAUUUGUAUCAUAAAACUUGUACAAAAUAUUGUUAGCUCUCAUCUCAUUAAAAGAAAUGAGGAAAAAAAAGCAUGGUCACAUCGA